AUGGAAGAAAGUGAGACAGUGAGAGUAGUGGUCAGAUGUCGUCCAAUUUCCGAAACUGAGAAAAACAAUGGUUACACGAUCACUCUUAAUUGCUCUAACGAAGAUAACUCAAUAGUGAUAAAAAACCAAAAUAAUGAGGUAGAAAGUAUAUGUCUGUACAAAAAAUUGUAUCUUUCUUGUUCAGGAACCUCAACGAACGUUUUUCUUCGAUGCAGUCUUUUCACCUCAGACGGAACAGAUGACAGUGUAUAAUAUAGCUGCGAGGCCAAUAGUUGACAACGUUCUAAAAGGGUACAAUGGUGGGAUUUUGAGUUACUAUAUGAAUACAAUAAUUCGCCUAUAGGAACGAUUUUUGCUUAUGGCCAAACAGGAACUGGUAAAACUUUCACGAUGGCGGGAGAAAUGGAACCUAUCGAGCUGAAAGGAAUCAUACCGAAUUCUUUCGCUCACAUCUUUGAUCACAUUGCCAAGUGUCAACAUGAUACCACGUACUUUGAAAGGAAAUGUGGUUAAUGAAAUAAUAUGAUUUCAGUUUUCUGGUCCGUGUUUCUUAUCUCGAAAUUUACAAUGAGGAAAUAAGAGAUCUGCUUUCCAAAGCUGGCAAUGGAAAUCUGGAGAUAAAAGAACGACCAGAUGUCGGAGUGUAAGUAAUUAUUAGCACCUCAAAAUUCUAGCAAUGUCGCUCUACCGCAAUUCCAUGUAGAAUCCGGCUGCGGCCGCAAUAUUUUCCAAUUUAGAACUGAAAUCACGUGAAGAGCACGAUUGCCAGACUUCUUGAAAAAAUAAUUCUUAAAGAUAUGUACGGAACUUGUCAAAUAUAACUGUAGAGAAUGCGUCGAAAAUGCAAGCCUUGAUGGAGUUCGGCAACAAAAACCGUAAUUUUAAAAUAUCCAUUUUCACGUAUUCUGUUUCCAAAUCCAGGGAAAGUCGGAGCGACAGCUAUGAAUAUGGAAUCAUCAAGAUCACAUGCCAUGUUCACUGUUACUAUUGAGAGCUGCAGAAACGGCUUGGUAACUCAAGGAAAACUUCAGUUGGUAGAUCUAGCCGGUUCUGAACGACAAAGCAAGACAGGAGCCCAAGGCGAACGUCUGAAAGAAGCUGCAAAAAUUAAUCUUUCUCUUUCCACACUUGGGAACGUGAUCAGUUCGUUAGUGGACGGAAAGUCUACUCAUGUCCCGUACCGCAAUUCAAAGCUCACAAGAUUGUUACAAGACUCACUUGGUGGAAAUUCGAAAACUGUCAUGAUAGCAAAUGUAGGACCUGCUUCGUAUAACUACGACGAAACACUAUCAACGCUCCGAUAUGCCAAUAGAGCGAAGAACAUACAGAACGUUGCCAGGAUCAAUGAAGAUCCAAAAGAUGCGCAACUUCGAAAGUUCCAAUUGGAGAUCGAGCAGCUACGAAAACAGCUCGACGGUAAGUCCAAUACUUUUAAUUUCAGCGGGAAAAUUCACAAAGAUCAGUUUAGCAAGAGUGGGGGCUUUUUCAAAGUGGGGGGCUGUAUUUUAACGGUGGGGGGGACUUAUAUUGAAUAUUUCCCUCUUUCAAAAGGUGGAGGGGGCUUUGUUUUAAGAAAACCAAGUUCUUAAAGAAAAAGCCCUCCACUUUUGGGGCGAUUGUUAAACAGAAGCGUUCAAAAAUGCCCCCCAGCCCAGGUGGGAGCUUGUUUAUAUUAUAUGGGCACCGAACAGAAAGGGCGCGCUGUUAGCAAUCUGGCCGAAUUUCUAGGCCGCGAAGUAAUUUUCCUCUGAAAAUGUGGCCUAACUUUUCAAACUCGGCCCCGAGGUCGCUCAAUUUGCAGUGCAAAUUUGCAGUGCAAAUUUCUCAACAGAGCGCCAUUUCUGUUCGGUGCCCCUAUAAUAAAAAUUCUGGCAGUACCGCUCUACCGCAAUACUACGGGAAAACCCGGGCCGGGGCCGCAACUUUUACCACUUCAGAACUGAGUAUGGAGCGGUAGAGCGCGAUUGCCACACUUCUGCAGCUGCAAUAUAACUAUAAAGUUCAGAAGAAAAUCGAGGUGACGAUGAUAGUAACGAAGAAACUUGGGAAGCGAAGAUGAAAGACAAAGAGGCUGAAGUUGAAAAACAGAAAAAGUUUUUGGAAGAAAAAGUCAAUCAGGCAGUUGAUGAUGAAGAAACUUAUCGGCUAAUCAAGGAGAUGUUAGAAAACGAAGCGGAAUUAAAAAACGCUAGGAGCGAGCAUGAAAAACUACGAAUGAAAUUGCAACAAAUGGAGAAGAAGAUUAUCGUGGGAGGAGAGAACCUAUUGGAAAAAGUGGAGAAGCAAGCAAAGUUAUUAGAAGUUAACAACCAGGAGAUCGAGAAUUCGAAACAUCUUGAAGCUCGUCUUCGUUUUCAAUUAGAGGAGAAAACUGCUUUCAAAGUUGAAAUAGUGGAGAAGUAUUCAUCUCUCCAAGAAGAAAGCUUCAUAAAAGCAAAAAAGAUAAAAAAAGUGACGAAUGAUUUGCGAGAUGCUCGAGCUGAGUUAAAAGAUCUAGAAGAAGAACAUCAAAGACAAGUAGAAGCAAUGCUAGACGAUAUUCGACAGUUGAGAAAGGUAAAAUACAAUCUGAGAGAACAUAUUUUAUAAUAGCUUUUCUUAAUAUUACUUUUCUUAAUGUUAUAUAAUCAUCGUCAUCAUCAUUCUUAUCAUCCUUAAAUAGAAGAGUUUUAAAACAUGGGCCCGCUGAGCGGGCCGAGCUAACGCUCGGAAGAAUUUCUGUCGACUAGGCUGGUCGAACAGGCGAUUUCAGGCACCUGUUUUCUCAACGCAGGGACGCAGCGGCGCGUUGAAAAAACAGGCGCCUGAAGAGCAGGUUCGACCAGCCUACUGUCGACUUUGGACAGCAAAAUCCGCGGAAUUUCCGGGUUUUUUUCUUUGGACGCGGCAUUAUCUAUUUUUCCAACAGGAGCUUCUUCUCAACAUCUCGAUAAUCGAAGAGUACAUUCCUGCGGAGCAAGUAGAACUCAUCGAAAAGUAUGUCACUUGGAGUGAGGAGCAUGGAGAUUGGCAACUUAAGGCAAUAGCCUACACUGGAAAUAAUAUGAGAGCAUCCGCUCCGCCAGCCAAAACCGUUUUUUCGGUAAGUGCUGUUUGAGUUAGCUACCUAACUGCUAACUGGGUUUUCUUAAAGGACCAGGGAACCCUCCGAGUUUAUGUGUCUGACUGAAUUGCUUCUUAUUGCCACAUUCACUGUCCGAGCCCCAACUUUCAGAAAUACCUGUGAAUGGAACAGCGCUUAGUCAAAGUUGUGGCCGUGGCCCAGAAAAGUUCUAAUCCUUGUGAUCUUUUCCGGAUUUUUUUUUGCGUUCGGCACAAUCUUCAUACGUUGCAAAACAUUCACACAAAUCAGCAUCUCUACAUAGAGCAAGAGCAUCAAACUACUCACAGGGAAGAGUUUUCACUCCGGAGUUUUCUAGUCCACGGCCACAACUUCAGCUGCACGCCGUUUCGUUUAUUGGCAUUUCUGAGAGUCAGCAUUUCACCAGUAUAUGAAGCAAUAAGAGACAAUUCAAACAGACACAAAAAAAUCAAAAAAUUUGAGGGUUCCCUGGUCAUUCAAAGUGAGCAAAAUGUAGCUUUUGAACAACAGUUUAGCCACUUUUGAGCAAACUUUAAAGGACCAGGGAACCCUCAAAUAUUUUUAUUUUUUUGUGCAAUGUUUUUGUGUCUGUUUGAAUGAGAUCACAAGGCCUAGAACUUUUCUGGGCCACGGCCACAACUUUGACUAAGCGCUGUUCCAUUCACAGGUAUUUCUGAAAGUUGGGGCUCGGACAGUGAAUGUGGCAAUAAGAAGCAAUUCAGUCAGACACAUAAACUCGGAGGGUUCCCUGAUCCUUUAAGGCGAUAGCAACUUCUGCGCAGAACUUCAGAAAAUUUUGCGCAUAACAUUAACCGCUUUUUAGCAGAAGUCAGGUAAAAGUUGCUGAAGUUCUGCUGAAAAGUUGCAGACGUUAGCCGAGAGUAUCAGUAUGCUUUGCAGAAUAAUAAUCAAAGCGUCUUGAUGUAUUACUCCUAUCGGACUGACCUAGGAGCAUCAGUGACCGAACAAAAGGCUAAAAACACUGGAAGAAGGUAUGCAUCUCGAAGCAAUGGAAGAGGAUAAUUAGGAAGUUACGACGUUACAGCAGAACACGUCAGAGUAUAAAGUUGCGUCAACUUCUCACUUAGAAGACUUGAGGCCAUGACGUGGAAGGGAUAAUGUCACAGUGAGUUAACUUCGCUCAAAAUCCAGAAAUGAUGUUGAGAUGUACAAUUUUCAGAUUGGAUUCUUCUCAUGCGACGGGACAUACGCCUCUCGUUUCAUCUCAUAA